AUGACUCUCGCCUGGAUCGCCGCCGUCUUCAUUCUGCUGGCCGCCACCCGAUUCGAGCCGGUCGACGCGUCCUGCUGUUGUUGUCCCUGUUGUUGUUGUUGCUGCAAGCCUUGCUGUUGCUGUUGCUGUAAGUGCUGUUGCUGUAAGUGCUGCUGCUGUAAGUCUAUCGGUGAAUAGUAAGCCCAACCGUUCCCCGUGUGGUCGUCUCCCCUUGGAGUAGGAGGUGUGAGGGUAACUGUAAAAGUAAAAAGUUUUUAAAUUCAAUCCAAUUUUUGGAUAGAAAACGAUGCACGUCAAUCCAAAAUAGAAGAAAAAAUCCCGCCCCUUUUUGGUGAUUCGUUCAAAACGAAAUGUCACUAUCCGAUAAAACGCAUUUUCUUAUCUUUCUUCUUCCUUUUCGAGAAAAAGCAAUUAUUUCGGGCGAGAAAAAGUGCCGAUAAUUUCGCGACAUUUCGUCUCUCUUUUAAAUCAAUGAAAACGAUACAAAGUUUCGAAAAGGUUCAUGGAUUGACGUGCGAUGAUUUUAACGAUUAAGAGGACUCCUAGGCCUAGCUGAGCUCAUUUUCCCUCUAUCACUUACCCCUCCCCUUCGGCGGCCCCCAAAUUUAUUCGUCACUCAUUUCAGGCCCUUGUUGCUGCUGUUGUUGCAAGCCCUGCUGUUGCUGCUGUUGCAAGCCCUGCUGCUGUUGUUGUUGCAAACCCUGCUGCUGCUGUUGUGAGUUGGGUUGAUGGCAGAUCUUAACGAGGCGUUUUUAGGUGGUGGACGUCGUCGCCGUUCGUUGGCCGCUGCCGCCGCUCGUGGCGCUUUGGGUAACGCUUCGUUGGUGCCCCGCGCCGAGGCCGUCGGAUCUCGCUCCGCUCGCUCAUGUGGAGGAAAGUGCGAGGAGUGCAAGAACUCCCCAGCCGCCGGCGGUUGCCAAGCCGGAGGAUGUCAAGCCGGCCCCGCCAACCGUCAGUGCCGCCAGUGCACCCCCGCCGAGGAGAAGGCCUGUCUCGCGAUGGUCCAACAACAACAACAACACAAGGAAGCGCCAGCCACUGGCUCUCACAGCUACAGAAAGUUCAAGCGCGCCAUCGCCGCCCAGAAGAGCCAGCCCGGAUGUGCGAACCAGGCCGACAACAAGCAGUGCAAGUGCUAGAUGGCCGGGUGUCGAACGCCUUCUUAACUUAUUCCGAAUCUCUUUUUCUCUAUUUCCUCGUCUGUUACAGUAGUCCGUAUGUGAACUACAGUUCGAUUAUCGGUAAGUCUCCUCUAAUUUAAUCUUCUUCCACCGGAUCCACCGUAAUUUCUCUUCGAUUUAUUAUUCUUGAUAAGUCGACUCGAGACUAUGGUGGCUUACGGUAGCUAUAGCACUUUGGGUUCUGGUGUACACUUCUCCUACUAUCUCAGCGGUUAUUCUACACCCUUUUCUGGUACUAAUGCGAGCUAUACAAUCACAUACGCUUACUCUACCGAAAGGCUGUGGACUAACAAACCUUGACUUCUCUGACUAUCUCUCUCUUUUUUCGGGCCAUAUCUCUCCAACUAUCUCUUUCUCUCCGCACUCUUCACUUUCCUCACACUCCCUCUUCACUGAUAUUUAUUUGUAUUUAUUAUACACAAUAAAUUAUUUGAAAUCACUGGGCACGAUUGCGAUUACUGCUCGAAGCACCGCUUACACUCCCUUCCUUAUAGAGUACAAUUACAAUUUAAGCCACGACAACUCUCCCCCGCAACACGUGUACUGUAAUAGCGAAGACGAGAGAGAUCCAGAAACCGCAGAUUCAACUCACUUCAACGCACUUCUUCGGGGACGGACAUUCACAACUCUCUUAA